UAAGAGAAAGAUGAAUGGGGGUGGGCUUUGCUCUUUGGCGUUUUUUGAUGGGAAAGCAGCACCAGCUGAAAUGCCUUCUCUACAACUUUAAUUAAAAGUCCUUGCCCUUCUUGUUAUCUGGCCACCUCUAGCACUACAGCUUUCAUGCAGGAAGAAAUCCAGGUGCAAGUAUUUGUUCUUUUUAAAAAAAAGUUAGAGGCGCUGCAGUUAGCCCUAAAGAGACAAAGGCAUCCAUGGAGCCCAAGAAGAAGAAGAAGAGGAGGAGGAGGAGGAGGUUCCAAAGUGGGAAGCCUAUGGAAGUCAGUUCAAAUGAGUUUCUGGGGAAUGCAAGGAAAAAACCAGCAGAUAUAGAGCAACUAGCUCAGAAAUACAUGCAAAAGUGCACAGUUGAAUCUAGCACCGAAUCCGAAUCAGAUGCUAAUCUAGAGGUUCUGUCCAGCAGCGUGCUUUCCGAAGGAUUCCAGGAGAAAGCGAGCUAUGCAGAACUUCAAGUCUUGGACCCCUAUGAUGCCGAUUAUGAAGAACUUUCAGGUGAAUCCGAUUGUAGUUUGGGUUCCCUUGACUCAAGUCACAGUACAGCAAUCCUUCCAAAGCAUCCUAUAAUUGAACCUUUGACUACAGGAGACAGUUUGAAUCCAGAAGAUCUGGACUCCAGUUCCACAUCACUGUUCAGAGCAGUGUCUGUCACUAUAGCUCAAGAGGAAGAGGAACCUGGACUCCACAAAACAGCUAAAAUCUUACCACUGACUGCAGAAUCUUCAUGGUAUCUAAGGCCAUAUGCACCCUCAAGGCACAGUGGAAUCUCUGAAAAUGCAGUAUCAGAUCCUGCCCUGCAGCCCAUGUUGAUGGAGUGUGACAAUGAGCUGUGCGAAAAGCCCAGUAUCACCAGAAAGCAAGGGCGGUCUAUUCUUGACUGUACUGGAGAAAAAAUAAGGAAGAGAUUAAGGGUGGCUUGAUUUAUCAAGGAGCUAAGCAUAGUGUAAUGUUGCUUUGUUAAUGGCCCACCUGUCAUUAUAAUAAAUGAGAUGGUGGAGACUGCUAAGCCUUCAAAUCUGUUUGAAUCUUUUAAGUUCUUAGAAUUCUGAAAGACUAUUUUCCAGUCCAAGAAGCGGAGGAGCACAGAAAAGAAAUGAAAAAGUAUUUUUGAAGAAACAUGAAGAGAACAGCUGCCCAGUUGUUCUGAUGUAGUUUGUAACCUCUCGGCUUUUAUUGCUGAUGCAGCUGUCUCAUUUUCAGUUUAGUUGAGCUAUUGACACCCAUGCACUUUGCUUGCCUUAAUAUUUAACUGAUGCAGUGAUGGUAGCUAAUGAACUCCAUCUAGCAAGAACAGCCUUGGCACUGUAUGACUGGAGUGCCUCCUAAGAUCAGUUCACUGCAUAAUCUGUUUCACCAUGUCUUGAUGGAAAAAAGUUAAUGUCUGAAAUAAGCUGAACUUAAAAGCA